GGGCCAUUUGUUGCUGACUCAUCCAUCCCAUCCCUCCCAACAAAAGCCUCCUUCCUUUUUCUAACGUGUCCCCAAUAUUCUCUACCACAUUGUUAUUUAUGUAUUCCGCCAUCAUAACCUUACCACCUUCACAAACUUCCAUUUCUUAUCUCCAAAACUCUAGGUAUAAUUCUAAGUAUUCAACAUCUUUUUUUAACACAAUCCAUGGAAGUUCCAGUUAUCAACAGAAUAAGCGAUUUUGAAACGGCCGGCAUUACCCCUCUAAACUACCCACCUUUCAAUUCCCCACAUCAUUUGCUUUCUGGGAUUCAGAAAAUCUAUGAAACCCAUAGCUUUUUUAAGUUGGGAGCUUUGAUUCUUGCCCUAAUAGCUUCGCUAUCUACCAUUAUCAAUAAACUCAAGACUUUCAUCAUCGGAUUCCGGCGACACCAUUCUUUACCAUCCCAACCUCUUCUAUAUGAUACAGAUUUCGACACUGACACUGAUUCCUCGUCGGACGAUGAACCAGAAUAUGAGGAACUGUCGUUUACUUCCAGGACCUGGCGACAAGUUGACGAGGAUUUUCGUGUUAGAGAGUCUGAAUCCGGUCAUCUUGUAGGCGACGAGUGGCGAAAGAGUUAUUUUACCAUUCCAAAUAGGCGAAGCAGUGAGGAGCUAAGCAGAGGGAAAAGCGUAGUGAAACUAUGGGACAAUCUAAAGUUCGGGUUUGGUGUCGAAAGCAAGGACGCUUUAAACGUGUACGACGCUAACAAAGGAACGAAUGCCGCUUCCAUUUUCGGCUGCAAGGACGGCUUUCAAGCGAUUUCUGCACCGUUGUCAUCGCCCGCGGUCAUCAUUUCUGCUGGUGUUGACUCGUUAUCUGGACGAGCUGCUGUAGGCGCGUGGGUACUCGCCUUCGUUGUAGGGUACCCUAUUGUAGCAGAAUGGAGGCCGCAACAAUCAGUGGAGAAAAUCGCAGCGAUCAAUGCGGACGGCGUCGAGAAGGUUUACAUAAGGGGUGACGUCACGGAGAAGUUGGCGACAGUGGGUGAUCUGAGGAUGGUGAUGUCGCCGUUAAGGAACUUAACGAAAUGUGAGUGUGAUAUUUGGUAGGAUGCUGACUCCGGCAUCGUCUCCGAAGAGCGGGUUGACGAUUCAACCUGACUGUGUUAACGCGUUUAUUUAUUUAGAAACGAUGAGACUGCUUAUACGUGAAAAUUCUUAGUCUGGACGAAAUUUGUAAAUUAUCCUCAUUUUCAUUAAUAAAUUAUAAUACUAUUUAUUUGAUUAAAA